AUUUUGUGCUGACAUUGAGAUUUGCUAGCCAAAUCGGCGGAAGAUCCUAUACAAUUUAAAGUUUCACAGCUGGGUAACAAACGCCUGGGUGGCACGGUGCUCUAUUCUACUCCUCACGCGCCAACCGCGAGGUUCAGACAGACAGCCACAAGAAGGCUACUCACACACUUGCGAAAAAUAUUGGAAGUGUCGUGAUGGCGGAAGAGCCUCUAUGGCCACGGGAGACCGGCCGGUUUGUGUCGGAGCGGAGUCGUGACGUCCAUGUGUGCGAGGAGGGUGUGGGCCAAGUGGCAGAGCUGCUGUACGGCCUCAGACACAGCGAGGUUCUCACCGCGCGGGGGUGGAGCCUCAUGAACCCAUUGGCCCCGGCGCCCGGCGGUGAUGCCGCACUCGACUGGCUGCUGGUGGUGGACACCAUGAACUUCUCCUUCUGGCCCGACGACCCAAACGAGCAGUGUGAGGUCAUAUGCCGGGGGAAGAACUACACUGGCUACAUGGCCCUGUGCGCAGCCAUCACCAGAGCACUGGAUGAGGGUGUGGCCAUCACAGACCCUGCGUAUUUCUCCAAGAUGAGUCUGGAGGACCUGGGCAGGGUUCUGCGCUCAGACAGCGAGGUGCCCAUGCCCAUGCUCAGUGAGCGCCACAAGGUCUUGACGGACGUCGGCCGCGCGUUGCUAGCACACUCUGGGUCGUUUCGCUGCUUCCUGGAACCCUGCAACAACAACGCACUCAAGAUGGUGCAGCGCAUUGUGGAGAUCCUGCCCUCCUACCGGGACGAAGCCAUCUUUGAGGGCAGGAGGGUGGCUCUCUACAAGAGAGCUCAGAUCCUGGUGGCUGAAGUGUGCUGUGUACUGGAGGCCGGCGGGCAGGGCAGUCUUUCAGACAUGGAUCAGCUGACGAUGUUCGCUGACUACAGAGUACCGCAGGCACUUGUCCACUUGGGGGCGCUACGGUAUUCCGAUGAGUUAAUGGACGCUCUCAAGAAGGGUGAGUUGCUGAGCUCUGGUGACAGAAGAGAGGUGGAGAUCCGUGGGUGUUCCAUUGACGCUGUGGAGCAGAUUAGGGAGCACUUGUUGCGUUUGGUGUCUCAGCGUGAUGGAGAGGUGUGCCACAUCAACUCUGCCCUCAUUGACUUUUUCCUGUGGCCUUAUGCAAAGGAUCAUCAUAAGGAGAUGGCCCAUAUCCCCAUCCACCACACACGCUGCAUCUACUACUAACAUGGUUUCAGUUGGGGUUUGCGCAUUUAAAUAACGUAGAGCCUCUUUUGUACGGUAGUUGAAUAAAUAAACAAAACAGAUGUUUA